UGCCCCAGCCCCUCCUGGAGGACCCCUCCAUGGAGCCGGAGUUCAACCCUGACUUGGAGCUCCGUCUUGGGCCUGAGGAUGGAGGGUCACUCCCCUCUCCCUGCAGUAACCAGGAAGUGCUGGAGACUCAGGAUAAGAGCAAGUCUCUACCUAGCAGGAUGACCAUAUCCUGUCUGGCUGAAUUGGACAAGAAGAAACCCAAGGUUCCUCCGCCGGUUCCAAAGAAGCCCAACGUCCUGCUACUUCCCUCCAACGGUACCACCGACAGACAGGGAACACAGACAGACUGCCCUGCCGCUCUCCGCUCUCCCGUUGGAGCGUUCCCACCAGAAGAGAUUCCCGGGAAAGAGGAAAACCAGGAAAAUUACCUGGGAAUAGGGACGGAUGAGGAAAGCUCCAUGGAGUCUUCAUUACAGGACUCUUCUUUUACAGACGUGGAGGGGAGGCUCAGCAUUACAGAGACAGGCAGAAGUGAUGAUGCGGAGAGUGUUGAGGAGAGCAGUUCGGUCGUUAGUGACAAGACGGAACUCCACAUCACAGAGGAAAUGGAUGAUGAUGUCAGAGGACACACACCUACCACACACACCACAGAGGACCUGUUCACCAAAAUACACAGGUCAAAAAGGAAAGUCCUGGGCCGUAAGGAACCAGGGGACUCGUUCGGCAGCCGCCAGAGUCUGGUCUCCCCGGUGAAGCACAGCACCAGUGGUGGUGACCUCCGAACCCUGACCCUGGGCUCGACCCCGCGCUCCACCUCGCGGAAUGACAACUUCAUGGCCCUGCUCCAAAAGAAGGGCAGCAAGUCCAGCACGGGAGGGGCCAGAGUCUCUGCUAUGGAACUCCUCAAGAGCACAAACCCCCUCGCACGACGCGUCACAGAAUUCUCCACCUCGGCGGACGGAGGAGGGGAUAUGACCACCGGGAAUAAUGGAACCAGAAUGCCUCAGGACCAAUGAGAGUUUUUAAACCACUUGUCCCAGGUCAUCCUCUCUCUCUCUCUCUCUCUCUCUCUCUCUCUUUCUCUCUUAUCUCCCGAGAAAGUAGUUUGAAUCUAGUUAUAGACUUUUCGAUCGGACUAUUGAUGGAAGAAAGGAACGUCCAACCAGACCACUCAACCACUGAUUGACCUUUUAUUAACUGGCCAAUGGUUGGUCACAAUGGUCAUCAAAGGAGUUCUGUUUAUCACGCCGUCCGUUCCAUCAUUAAGGGGUAUUAUUUUUGGAGGUCUCCUUCAGUCUAAAGGAGAACAUUAAGGAUUGUUAAUGUCAUGCUUCAACAUUUUUUUUUAAACGAGAGAGAGAGACUAUACUAGGGAACGUUUGAUUGGAUAAUAGACCUGGGUACAUCGCAGGCCUGUGCUUGAUGGCGACAGAUGCCACACUAGUCUUUUGAAGACAUGGGGUGAGUGUGUGUGUCGUAUUUUCUGUCCCUCGCGCAACAACAACAACAACAACAACAACAAAACUACAACGGUUUAAAUCGAAAACAUUCCACGGGAAGAUUGACAGUUGGACAUGGUACCAAGCCCCGACCCUUUAUGUUUGAAUCAAAGCACUUUGGCGACUGCCUACCGAGGUAGUUUAUAACAACGAGGAAAACAACAACGCCUGUGUCCUCCCUGUUAUUCGUUUGUUUAUGUUUCUCUUUUCAUACGCGAUAGAAGGCCAUAUAAAUGUACAAAGAUAUACAUACAUACAUACCGUAUAAACUGAAAAAAAUCCGCUUGAACUGUUCUAACAGACUAUGGAGAGCCACAGUGUAUAGUAGUACUACUAACAGUAGUAGUAUAAUAGUACUACACUAGUACUAACAGUAGUAGUACAAUAGUACUACAGUAGUACUAACAAUAGUACUAACAGUAGUAGGACAGAAGUACUACAGUAGUACUAACAGUAGUAGUAUAAUAGUACUACACUAGUACUAACAGUAGUAGUACAAUAGUACUACAGUAGUACUAACAAUAGUACUAACAGUAGUAGGACAGAAGUACUACAGUAGUACUAACAGUAGUAGUAUAAUAGUACUACACUAGUACUAACAGUAGUAGUACAAUAGUACUACAGUAGUACUAACAAUAGUACUAACAGUAGUAGGACAGAAGUACUACAGUAGUACUAACAGUAGUAGUAGCAGUACUACAGUAGUACUAACAGUAAUAGUACUACAGUAGUACUAACAGUAAUAGUACUACUGUAGUACUAACAGUAGUAGGCUACUAUGUGAUACACCUCACAGCACACAACAGGAUCAAACCAACUGAACUGAAGGAGCGACGCUAUGGAAUACAAUCCCACGAACCCUUACCCACGGAUCUCCCCGCACUGCCCUCAGAGUGUGUGUGUACUUGCGUGCGUCUGUGUGUGUGUGUAUACAGGAAAUGAUAACCAAACACAGCAAGGGAGGUGUGAAAGAUGGAGGGCACAGAAUUGAACCCUGUGGAUAUUUCUUAACAGAGAGUAUGAUACAGGGUUGAGUUUAUUCAACAGGGUUUAGACUGGUUUCUGUUAGGACCAAAGGACUGCCAUAAACAGACCAGUGGAGAUGUGUGUGUGUGUGUGUGUGUGUGUGUGUGUGUGUGGGGACAAGGGCUUCAUUUAUCCGCCCUAAGGAGAGGAUUAAGUGGUCUGAAUCAUGUGGCUGUAGUCUUUGGAGUUUUCCGUGACGUUUUGGAACUGAGAGAGGAUUCUGGGCCUGAGGGGAUUCCGGAACUGUGAUUAGAACCCACUUUUCUAACAACCAUCACAAAACAAACAGAGACCGUCCAGGAAUACAGCUAGCCAUCCAUCGGCCAUAUUGAAAAAUGCAUCACCCUCUUCUCUCCACAUGUUUUUUUCUCAUACUGUGCGUUUUGUGCAGGGGUGAUGCUGCAGCCUUUUCCUCUCGUCCACUCUCCCUCUCUUCUCGUCCACUCUCCCUCUCUUCUCGUCCUCCUUCCUGGCAGGAACACAUGCUCCAUCUGUCUCUCUCUCUCUCUCUGCCCAUGGAGUAGCCCCCUCCUCUUCUCAUUUCUUCGCCCUCCCCUCAUCCCUCCCUCCGUGCCCCUCCCAUUCUUUCUGUGCAUCUGAGCUUCACGCUCACAGACGACACAGCCUGAAUGUCAAUGAAAGGAAAGAAAAGGAUGCCGCGUUGAUAUCGUGUUCAAGAGUGCUAUGUUCAACUUCAUCUUUCGAUCCAACCCUCUCUGUCAAAAAUACAAAUGUUUUAUCCUUCUGUUGCAUUGUGCAUCUGUCCCUAUAUCCAGACCAAACCAACCAUCCAUGUAACAAGGAAAACAGGAGGGUGGAUUGUGUGAAAGAACACACAAGAGACGGAUGGAAAAGGGACAGUGCGUAUGAAUGUCUGGAUGUGUACUUAAAAGGAAAGGAUAGUGGACUUCUGGACCCAGUCAGACUGUGAACACGGAUCUUAACCCAUCCUCCUUUCACCACACUUUUCCAGAACCAUUACAUUGGGGCUGUGCAAACCCUGGUGCUAUUAAGCUACAGCGCCCCCCUGUGGAUGAAGAGAGGGAGCACACCCUGUAAGACUACUGCUCUGUCCCUCCAGCAACAACACGGAGACGCAACGACUCCAGAUGAAUAUCUGGAUGCUCUUUUUGUUAUAUCGGUCAUUCAGGAAACCAGAACAACAACGACGACAACUUAUAAAGACAAUGAAAAGAACGAGAGAAAAAAAACCUAUGUAAAUGAACACGUUAUUAAUAAAUAGUCAAGUGACGCUUGUUUUAAAUAUUUAGUGAAUGGAACUACAUUAAAAAAAUAUCUAUGACAAAACUCAGUGUUAGUUUGCCUUGUAGUCUGGCGUGAUGUUUAACCUUCUGUGUUUUCUACAUAGAAAUAUAAUUACUAGAAUGGACACCCCUAUUUAAGUCAAUGGGGCCAUAAUGUCAAAUUCCUAUGGUCAGAGGUUCUAUGCCCAUUCUACUGGUUAUAUUCUAUGGUUUUCAGCUACCUUGAUAUUACACUCCCUUUGAGGUAUGCAGAGUUGUUACUCUUUCUGUUCUGAAGUACUGUAGUUAUUAUGGAUACUAAGGUAAUGCUUUAUACUAUGGUUACUACAGUCAUAUACUGUGGUUAUUACGGUAAUACUGUAUAAUAUGGUUACUACAGUCAUAUACUGUGGUUAUUACGGUAAUACUGUAUAAUAUGGUUACUACUGUCAUAUACUGUGGUUAUUACGGUAAUACUGUAUAAUAUGGUUACUACUGUCAUAUACUGUGGUUAUUACGGUAAUACUGUAUACUAUGGUUACUACAGUCAUAUACUGUGGUUAUUACGGUAAUACUGUAUAAUAUGGUUACUACAGUCAUAUACUGUGGUUAUUACGGUAAUACUGUAUACUAUGGUUACUACAGUCAUAUACUGUGAUUAUUACGGUAAUACUGUAUAAUAUGGUUACUACUGUCAUAUACUAUGGCUGUUACAGUAGUGGUCGUCACUAUUCCUACUAUUACUACUCUUGUACCCUUAUAUUGUUCAUAAAACACAGGUACAACGACAAAGAGAAAGAGGGAGAGAGAAAGAGUUGAAACAAAUGUAAGCAAUAGAUAGAUGACUUAGCCCAAGACCGAGGAUGAGGCAGAAACACAUUUUCACACACCAAGGCUAAAUACUCACUAAAUACUGUAACUCUCAAUCCAGUUGCAGAUUUCAGCUCUAGCCACAGAAAUGGUUGCGCAGUGCUACACACACACACACACACACACACACACACACACACACACACACACACACACACACACACACACACACACACACACACACACACACACACACACACACACACACACACAAAGAAAUACAGAUUUGUUCAGUAGCCUACAGUUGGCACAUACAGUGAUUUAUUAUAGUGGGUUCCAAACUCCAAUCAACCAUUUCUAGGAAUGUGGUAGAGUAUUACAGAGUAGGGGAGCAGAAGAGAAAGAGGUAUGAGGAUCGGGGGAGGGGUGGGGCGAGGGAGAGAAGGUGGGUAACAUUUCACGAGUGGAUAUAUCACUCCUCUGAAAGAGGGGAUCACAGUUGGGUUAAUACAAGUUCUGUCCAUUGAUUUCUUUUCUUUCUUUCUUUCCUUCUUUCUUUCCUUAUUUCCUUCUUUCUUUCCUUCCUUAUUUCCUUCUUUCUUUCCUUCCUUAUUUCCUUCUUUCUUUCCUUCCUUAUUUCCUUCUUUCCUUCCUUAUUUCCUUCUUUCCUUCCUUAUUUCCUUCUUUCCUUCCUUAUUUCCUUCUUUCUUUCUCUCUUUCGUUCUUUCUUUCUUUCUGUCUUUCUUUCUGUGAUAAGGACACCUCUUAAAGCUUUCCCCAAACUCCCCACAGAACAAUAAAAGUCUAGAGAGAGAAGAAGAGAGAGAGAAGAAGAGAGA